GCGAGGGCAAUACCGCUCAACUCUACGUUCGACGCCAUACAUGUCAAGCAAUCAGCCUCUUCAACGCCUUGUUGUAUAAAUCCCCGUGGUGUGCCCCACCCGCCAGGGUUACGAGUUUUUGGAACAGGUCGGCGAGGGCGCAUAUGGCGCCGUUUGGAAAUGCCGGGAUCGGGACACAGGUCGCAUCGUGGUACGUAGGCAGGGCCAUCAAGGGCUUCAAGGAGGCGCACAAGGACGAUGUGGUCAUGCGCCUGGCGACAAGAGAAGCGAAAUUGCUUCAGUCCAUUGCGCACCCCAACGUUGUGACGUUGCUAAAAGCGUUCCGCAGCCAACACAAGCACAUUUACAUGGUGUUCGAGUAUAUGCGCACAACCGUGCACGCCAUGCUGGACUGCAUGCCGUGCGGCCUGCCCGCACCCAUCACCAAAGUCAUUGCGUGGCAGCUGCUGCGCGCGACGACCUACCUGCACGAGCGCAAGAUCGUGCACCGCGACAUAAAACCCGCCAACGUACUCGUGGAUCCGUGCACAUUGACGGCUAAGCUGUGCGACUUUGGCUUCGCCAAGGCCACCAACUGCGAUCCCCGAGAAGCACGCCGGGGCACGAGCUACGUGGUGACCCGCUGGUACCGCGCGCCAGAGAUAUUGGUGCGCGACCAUUACGGAGCGAGUGCGGACAUCUGGAGCCUCGGCUGCACAAUUGCGGAGAUGGCGACCGGGCGACCACUAUUCCAAGGAACGUCCUCCUUGGACCAGUUGUGGCACAUUGUGCGCUGCCUGGGCCCCCUGUCGCCGCAGCAGGCGGCAUGCGUGGCUGCAAACCCGCACCUGCAGCCCCUGGCGGCGCUCAAGCCGCCCGUGUCCAAGACGCUGCGCCAGCGCCUGCCCCACCUGGAGCCCCGGCUCUUUCAGGUGGUGGAGGCCUGCCUGCGCACCGAUCCCCGCCAGCGUCCCACAGCCCGCGAGCUGCUGCAAUUACCCUACUUCUGGGACGUCCCGCGCUGCAUCAAGGGCACAGUGCUUGAGCACCUGCUCGCCGUGGACCCAUCCGCCGCCUCAUCAGCCCCGGCAACGCCAGCCCCACCGCAGCCGCAGCCGCCGCGGCAAAUGCAGGCCACGAUGUCGACUGACGCCGGGAAGCCGGUGGCUGGCAGCAGCGCCGCCGCGGCUGCUGUAGCUUCCGGCAGUGCCACGCAGGCGCUGCUGGCCCAUGCCCCUAUGCAGCAGACGCAACCAUUGCGGCAGCCGUGGCCGGUUGCGCCGGCGCAGCACCCGGUACAGCCGCAGGCGGCGCUGCAGCAGCCAGGGCCUGCCGUGAAUACUGGCGUGCUGGACUUUGCGGUGGCAAGUGCUGCUGCCGCCGUUGCGGCAACGGCACCACCACCGCACCGGCCCUCACUCAGCAACGCAGUAGCACGCACGGCUGCCGCACACUUACAGCUGGCGUCGGGGCCGCUCGUCGGCGCAGCGGCGGCGCAUGAGCUCCUUGAGGGCCGCAACUGCAACACCUGCUCCGGGCUAGAGCUGCUGACAGGGCCGCCGCCGCCGCCAGACGGCUCAGCGGCUGCAGCGAAUGCGGAGGUGGUCGCGCUGCUAGCCCGUGGUAGCAGUGUGGUGCAGGGCGCCGCAGCUUAUGCCCACAGCUGCCUGGGUGUGUCUGCAUCUCUGGCUGCGCUGGCCACGACGCACGGCGACGCUGUUGCGACACAUGUGUGCUCACCUGUGCUGCUGGCGGGGCAGGCAACCGCUGAGCGGGGCAGCAGCGCCACAAAUGCAGCAGCAGGCCUGUGUGGCCACACCGCGUCCGCUGCUGCGGCCACAAGUGCUGUGAGCGCAGCAGGCGCGUCGCUGAUAUCGUGCGGGUCACAGCUGUGGGACGUGGGGUCGAGCGCGACUGCAGUAGUGGCAGCGACGUCACUCAGCACCGCCACAGCCCGACUGGUGGCAGCGACGGGACGCAUGAAGCGAAGCAGCAGCAGCAACACCAGCGUUUACGGCGGCGGCGGCGGCGGCGGCGGCGCUGGCAGCGUGUUCCAAUCCGGCAUCAACACGCCUGUUGGUGCUACGUUCGCCUGCUUGCAGCAGCACCCCGGCGCUCUACUGCCGCACGUCCGGCCCGCAGCAGCCUGCGACCAUGUGCCGCAGUUGCUGCUGGGAGAGGGCACUGCUGCUGGAGGUCGUAUCAGCUGCGACGUCAGCGCAGGCAGCAGCAUUGCAGCGCCCACGCGGGCUGUUGGGUGUGCGUCAUGCCACAGUGUCGAGGUGGGUGCGGGUGCAGGCCGUGGCGUGACAACGCCUGAGGUCGCCGGCCUGCUGCAGCCAGUCAAGGCCGUGCGCCCUGCAAGCAGCAAUGCGGUUGCGGCAUAUUUGGAGGCUGGACUGGACCUGACGCCGCGCGCUGUUCACGCGCUGACCCAAAGGCACGGGUUCACCAUUGACGGUGUGCUCCUGGGCACGAUUGAUGCGAUAGAGGAGGAUGGCGAACUCAGUAGCCGCGACUAUAGCGUGACCAUAUGCACCGCCACUGAGCCGCUUGACGUUCCGAGCGCCGUGGGCGGUGGCAGCAGCAAGGCCCUCUCCACCGUUCCCGACCUUGCAACCGGCGGAGGGAGACAGCAGCCGCGGUGGGGCUCCGCAGCCACCCCAGUGGGGACCGGCGGCGCGCCGGCGCGCAGCGGCGGCGCCGUGGCACGCGCAUUGCGCAGCGGCUUCCGACGGACCACCGCGCAGCUACUCGGCGGCCUCUUUGCCUCAAACGACUCGGCGGCAUGCUCCGCUGGUGAAACGCACGCUGAGCUUGUUUCAUGCAAGCGGGGCGUUCCCAGGGACCAGACCCGGGCGGUGGCACUGGCAACAGCGCCCCUGGCGCAGGUAUACAGCCGCGCUGCGGCUGCGCCACAGGUGCCGCCGAUGUCUGCGGAAGCAGAGCGGCCGUACACGUCCGAGCGCACCGCCAACACAAGCAGGCACAGUGCGCCGCUGUGGCCGCUGCUGUCACAGCCGUCCAACCCGGGCACGCCGCCUGCAGCGGGCCCGCUGCUGGCUCGCACCUCUGCCGCAACCGCCGCUGCUGCUGCUGUGCCAGCUCAGAACAAUGGUGCAGUCCGGCGCCGGGCUGAGUCGCUGCACAUGCCGCGAUGCCCGGCGCCGACAGCGUUAGCUGCGCCGCCCCUGUGCAUGCCGCCCAUGGUCGCUGUGACCAUUCCGCUGGCCUCGCGACGGGCCGCCGCCGCUGCUGCUGCCGCUGGCCGGGCCGCCAGCAGCUGCCUGGACAUCAGCAUGACCGCCGCCGGCAAUGGCAGCGCGUUGUCUGCUGGCGGCGCGGGCACCGGCGGCGGCAUGCGAAAGAUAUCAUCUCAGCCCGAUCUCCACAUGCUCAGCAGCUUCGCUGGCGCGCCGGAGUGGGCGGCAGGCGGACAGCAACAGCAGCACCGGCUCAUGCUGUCCACAGGCGUGCUACAGCCUCUGGAUGAGCUGGCGGCCCUGGGCGGCGACACACGGUGGGACGGCAGUAACAUGUUGGCUGGCGGGGCAUCCCACAGCAUUGGUGGAGGCGUGGCGGCGGCGCUGUUCAUGACGACAGCCGACGGCGGCGGCUUGUUUUGCAGCCCGGCGGUGGCGGGCGCGGGAGCGUUCAGCAGCAGCGCCUGCGGCGUCCCUGGCAUCGCGGUCACCGCGGGCAGCAGCCACUGUGGGAUGACCUCGGCGGCGCAGCAGCUGGGGACCGGCAGCGCAAGCCAGCCGCUGCGGCUGCAGAGUGUGCAGCUGCUGCAGCAUAGCAAUGCGGAGCAGCAGGCUGCGUACCAGCAGCAAUUGUCGUGGGGCAGGGAGGCCUCCGCCCAAGUGCGGCCCAGCAGCAGCGGCCUGAUGCGUUGCGAGGCAGUUGACGAGGAGGCAGCACCGGAGCGCGCGCACGACUGCAUCGACGGUCAACAGCCCGGCCAUUGGGGCGCCCACGUGGCUGCCAUGAGCUGGAAACGCGCAUCUGCGCCGCCGCUACUGAAGGUUGCCGCCUGCGCUGCGACCGCUGCUGGCGCAGUGACAUCCGGAGCGCCGCCGCUGUUGCGAGCUGCCACUAUGACGCGGUCAGGUUGCGAUGGCACUUCCCGGCAACCUUUAGGCCGCCUGUGGUCGAGCGCCUCUACCGCCACGCGCAACGAGGUGUAUCGGUGCGAAGUGUUUCUGCCGGCCGGAUAUGAUGAGGCGAGCGCCGGCAGCACAGGCAUGGGCAGCGCUGCGCAGAUCCGAGACUCCGCCUUCAACCCGACUUCUCACAAGCAGGGCCCCAUGCAGAAGCUAAUAAAGGCGGUUCGAAAGGUUGUGGGCAAAUCGCCCGCACGGGAUUCUAAGAUGUAGCUACGUUAAUAAACCGGGUGGUUAUACAUACGGUGCCUGAUGUCGAGCAGGUAUUGAACUUGCGUCAGUUAAGAGGUUGUGCCGUACUGCUGGAGGCGAAGCGGGAGUGGCAGCCCCAGCCCAUGACCUUGGGUUAAGUUGACGCACCAGAAUUAUUUAGAAUUGGAUGCCACAGUGGCGACAGGUGGCAAUGGCAAUAAACUUCGCAGUGCGACACCGUGCGUGCAUCUGCUUGAGAGGGAAGCUGAUCUCAUCAUGCGUGCAUCUGCCUGAGGGGGGAAGCUGAUCUCAUCUUUUUUUAAUUUGAUUGAUCAAGUGGGGAGUGAGAAGUGGGCAUUUCUUGCUGCUGGUGGCGCACACGGUGGCGCAUAGCUUCCUGUGUUGACCUCGCCUUAUCGCCUAGGCUUCAUGGUGCAUGAUUCCAUAAAUCGCCAGACCAAACCAAUAACGAGCCAGAUUGCAUCGAGAUGUGCGUGCAGCGUGUAUUGUCUUCGUGUAGUGACUUGUGGAAGGCAAGAGGCAGGCUUGCACGCUGCGUGCGCAAACGAGUGCAUGCGGGCUGUUGAGAUCAAAACACUUAGUGCAUGAUUCUUUGGUGGGGUAGUACAGCAGAAUGCGGGAGUGGACACGCGUCAUCAGGCGGUGCCGCCCAGCUGUCUGCUCGAUCAGGGUAUGUUGCUUGCAUGGCAGAGGCAGCAACGCGGUACAAGAUGUCGGCGGUCCAGGAGGGCAAUAAGCGCACCAACGAGGCCAAGGCCAAGAUGCCGGUGGCCAAGAACCGUCGCGUCUGAUGAAACUGAACCCAAGUAAGGACGAAACUGGCUCUAGCCAUGUCGGCAGGCAAUGUGUCAGAAUUGCGUAGUCCCAGAGGGGCAACCACCUCGCAUGUCACAUCACUCACGUGCUUGCAAUCAUUGCAAUCAUGCACCUGGUAUACAUCGCAUUGCGUCGUGAGCAGGUGCGGUCGAUCCACGUGCAUCAGCGGUCCAGUGUUGGGGCUUGCAGCCAGUGGGUGCCGGAGGCGACUGGUGCCGGAUCGCGCUACAGGGUCUAUGGCUUCCGCUUAGCUGAAGUAUUUUUUGGGCUGAGCCCCCCGAGCGAGGAGU